AUGCCUACCUACCUGGCACGCGGCGUGUCGGCACGCCUAGGCACCUUGCCACUUGCCGGCACCAUUUCUGAGCAGAUUAUACUAAGAAAGGGCGAGGCAGCCAAGCAGCAGUCAGAGGCGGCUGAGAAACAGCUGCAGAACAGCAGGCUGCUCAAGGAAGUAUCCAUACCUUUCCAGGGUGACGAACAACAAUACCGUCUAAACUGGCUAGGAAAUGCGCCCUUUCUACAGGUGCAAGCUGGCUGGGACGCUUUCGACGAAGAGUGCGCAGAGAUAACAGGGGCGACUACGGGCAUUCCGUCCUCUCAAGAACCCAAAGCACUUGUUCUCCAUGUCAAUCUUUCAGACAGAACAUACAUAACCGGUCUCCGCGAUCACAAAACAUCCCUCAAGAUCGAAGUCUUCUUCAACGGGCAGCUGAAUAGUUGCUGGUUUAUGGCUACGCACGACGUCAGGACUGGCGUCAAAGGACACCAUCAGAUCUUUGCUGGCACUAGGGUCGAUUUUACUGCUGAGCGGCCAUGGGUGAUCUUCCCAUCUGGAAUAGAGCUAGGAACGAGCCUUGAAACGUAUCACAAGCCUAUCUCAGCAUCGCACCGAUGGCAGGAUAUUUGCCACGCCUUUAAAAAAGAAGCAAAUGAGAGAGGUGCUAACGAACAAGGGGAAAUUCCUCCAACCGCCACAUUUCUAGAGGCGCUUGCAGCUAUGCAAAUGCCAGAUGAAGUCCGGAAUAUGCAGAAGCCAGGAGGAAAGGUUUUCGGUACAAUCGACGUGAUCAUCACCGCCGGAGAGGGCAGGAAACUCACGAGUGGUGUAGGCUACCUAACGGCGCCGAAACGGAUGUUCGACGAGAACUUUCCACUCGUUAAGCAAAUCGAUAGCGCUGCCGCAGGUGUACAAACAGUUGAGACUCGACAAACUGAAAGCGACGACGAGCUCAACAGCACCCAGCCUGGUCAUAAUGAUUUCGACGCGAAUACCGAAGGCGAAUGCACCCAAGGAUAUAGCUUGUCAACACAGGAAAAGUCGUUGAGUGCAGAUAGAUUUGGCAUACCAACUGCUCCUGAGCUUGGUUCAUGGAGUGGAAUACCAGACAACUUACCGCACAUCCAAGGACAGAGUAUAUCGAGCGAUCUGAGCGAUCAACCAUGUCAACCGAAUACCACACCGUAUUUUGGUCCGCUCCAACAUCAGCCCUUCAGUUUUCCCGACUCAAACCAACCUCUCUUGAUGGGUCCUAUUCAAGAUUUUAGCAUCAUGUCCAAUCGAUUUAAACAUAGUGCAUCUGCACCACCGUAUCUCUUACCGGACCAGCCUUUUCGGGGCUUCAACGAUGGCACAUAUCCGCUUCUACACAGAAACCUCACAGAAGCUGUCCAUGAGUCUCCAGGAGCGCCUCGAAAUGUCAAUCGUCUCCUUUUCUCAUCGCAACAAGUUCCUGACCUUGGCGAGCAAGGAGCUAUCGAAUUACCAUACGUGCCACUUCCUCCACCGAACAGCUACACAGGAUGGCCAGCGCCACCCAUAGGGCUGUACUCUGUACCUACGAAGCCAAAACGAAGCAUGUCCCCACGGAAGGGCACUCUUUCUGCGAGGGUGAAGAAAGAUGGCCAGGAUAUUCUGCUUACGAGGUCGGUGAUUCUGGGACAGAAUAAGACGGUCCUAGUUGACCACAAAUGGGAUCCACCAAAACGCAUCACAGAAAGAUCGGCAAGGCCAUUAUGUCUCGAUCCUCGACUCGGCCGUGCGGAGAGCACGAACGAAUGCCUUGAAUCAUCGAAGAACAAGGAUACGCCUGCCAGCAUCUGCAAACCAGAGAAAAUUGCGGACAACAAGAACACGCCAGCGCCCACAUCAUCCGAGAAUUGCAGCAUGGAUACGUCCCUUAAAGGAACUCCCCUCAUAUGCCAGUCUCAAGAUGAGGUGAUCCUGGGAGAGAAUGAGCCAACUGAUCUUUGCCGUAAGCCUGGCACAUUGCAGUUGAACGAUGCUCGUCUCUCCACCCAAUCGGAGAAGGACUUUGUGCUUUCUACAAAGUACAAUUUUGAUCGUCGCGCUUCACUAGGCAGUAGCAUGUUUGCAGUUCAAAGUCCCGAAAUGAACCCUCCUUUGUUUGUGAGACCAGAAGAGAUGUUGCGCGAAGCAUCUCCUCUCUCUAGCCAGCAUACCAACCCUAAUAUUGGUCUAGAGUCUAUGGAGUACACGCUUCAGUCAGGAGAGACUAACCCGAUUACCCCAGUGCCUAUUCGACGGGCGGAUAGCUCGAACGAGCCCAUAAUCCUACCGAGUCUCGACCGUUCUCACCAUGCGAUGUCUCCAGAUAUCUUGAAUUCUGCGGCCAAGACAAAUCCGUCGUCAAAGGGCAAGAAGCGUAAAGCCUCUGAUGACGCUGCCAUCAAGCGGUCACGCCACCGCACUUGCUUGAAGCCAGACGGCAACCCCUCGCUAAAUCAGAACUGUGUUAUUGCAUACGCAGAAAACAAGAACGAGGAAAAUGAGCAAGGCGUUUUCAGGCAAGUCCGGAUGGAAAGAUGCGGGGUAUUCCAGGAAGACUAUGUCGUCUUUGCGGCACGUUUCUUUGUAGGAGAAAAGGCGAGUAUGGACAAAGAGUAA